AUGAAAUUGGGAGCGAGUCAGGACACGUACGGGACUGAGAGUGACUCUGGACGGAGUACAUCGACAAUGACUAUCUCGUCUGUUAUGGCUGACAUUAAAGAGAAGUUUAAGAACGACGAGGAAGACUUGGUAUCGCCAUUCCAGGGCCUGGACAAGGCCACGGUGCUGCAGGAGACCAAGAUCUUUUCCGAUGCCAACAUGGUGACACGCCACCCUAAAAAGUGCUGUCAGCUGAUUACGAAACUGCUGCAUAUUCUCACACAAGGAGAGCCUUUUACUAGUGCUGAGACGACCGCCGUCUUCUUUGGUGUCACGAAACUUUUUCAGUCAAAAGAUGCCAAUUUGCGUCGUAUGAUGUAUUUGUUCAUUAAGGAGGUGGCUGAAGCUACUGCUGCCGAUGAGGUGAUCAUUGUAACCCAGAGUCUAACCAAGGAUAUGAGCUCGAACGUGGAUCUGUACCGCGCCAACGCUAUCCGAGUACUCUGUCGGAUCAUUGAUGGAUCCAUGUUGAAUGCUAUCGAGCGAUACAUCAAGCAGGCAAUUGUAGAUCGUAACGCUCUGGUUGCUAGCUCAGCGCUGGUUGCUGGUAUUCAUCUGAUUCAGAACAAUUCAGAGAUCGUGCGUCGCUGGGUGAACGAGGUGCAGGAGGCCGUAAACUCCACUCACGACAUGGUCCAAUACCACGGCGUUUCACUUCUUUAUCAGAUCCGGCAGCACGAUAAGCUCGCAGUAUCGAAGUUCAUCAACCAGCUCCAGAAGACCAACUUGCGCUCUAGUCUCGCGACGUGCUUGUUGAUCCGUUACACGGCAGCCCUACUGCGUGAGAACGCGAAUGGCCAGGAUACAACACCGCUGUAUGGGUUUCUACAAAAGAUGCUCAGGCAGAAGGAUGAGAUGGUUAUCUAUGAAGCUGCAAAGGCAAUGUGCGCCCUGCCUGUGGAUGCGCGUGACCUAACGCAAGCAAUCGUCGUACUACAGUUGUUCUUGGGAUCGUCAAAACCUACGCUUCGCUUUGCUGCUGUGCGGACACUCAGUCAGGUGGCGUUAACGCAGCCCAUGCUUGUGACGCGCUGCAAUGAAGACAUGGAAACACUUAUAUCGGACUCCAACAGAUCCAUUGCUACGCUGGCGAUCACUACUCUCUUGAAAACUGGUGCCGAAUCAAGCGUGGAUCGUCUAAUGAAACAAAUCUCCACGUUCAUGGGUGACAUUGCCGAUGAGUUUAAGAUUGUGGUGGUAGAGGCCAUCAAAAACUUGUGCAUAAAGUAUCCUCAGAAGCACCGGGUAUUGCUAAACUUCCUGGCCAACUUUCUCCGCGAGGAGGGUGGAUACGAAUUCAAGAAGACGAUUACAGACGCUAUUUUGUUCUUAAUCGACCGCAUUCAGGAGUGCAAGGAGACUGCUCUUCUUCAUUUGUGUGAGUUCAUCGAGGACUGUGAAUUCACGCAGCUAUCUACCAAGAUUUUGCGCGUUCUGGGGCAGAAGGGUCCAACCACGUCGGCACCGGCGCGAUACAUUCGUUUCAUCCGCAACCGUGUCAUACUUGAAAAUGCCCCCGUGCGCGCUUCGGCAGUUUCAGCCCUAGCUCAGUUUGCAGUGAGAGUAGGAUCGCUCCGGCCUAGUGUGUCGUCUCUUCUGCAGUGCUGUAAACUUGAUGAUGAUGACGAAGUUCGCGACCGGGCUACAAUGUACCUUGCCGUCCUGGAGGGUGAUGAGGUGACCAGCCGCACUCUGCUUGUUGAAGACUUUCCGAUGAGUGUCGCGGCGCUUCAGAAAUCUAUUGACCAGUAUGAACUGCGCCCUUUGGAUGGCCCACUUACCUUUGAAGCCCUGCCACACGUUGAAGUCGUCGAAGAUGAUACCGAUGCAAACACGGCUGACAUCGAAGAUGACGAUGAAACCAUCCAGGCCGAUGCUGCACCUGAGCCUCAAGACGUUGCAAAGGAGUUGUACACGAUUCCCGAGUUUGCUGAGCUAGGUGCGCUUUUCCGGUCAUCGAAGCGGCUGGAAUUGACGGAAGCCGAAACCGAAUACGUUGUCACUUGCACGAAGCACGUGUUCGCCCAGCACAUUGUACUCCAGUUUAAGGUGGUCAACACGGUGAGCGACCAGCUUCUCACGAACGUGACCGUCGGCUUUGUGAUGGAGCCGGAAGACGUGUGGCAGGUGCACUCGGUUGUCUCUCUGGACAAGCUAGCGUACGGCAAGACGGGCUCGUGCUACAUUUGCUUGCAGUACACUGGAGACGGUGUUUACCCUAUCGUCCAACUUGCCAACGUUGAGUUAAGGUUUAAGGUACAUGAGGUGAAUCCAUCGUCUGGCGAGGUUGAAGACGAUGGUUUUGAUGAGGAGUACCCGAUGGAGGAGAUUGAAAUCGGUGCAUCGGACUUGAUGGCCAAGGUUUCUGUAAACGACUUCCGCUCGGCGUGGGAACACGUUGGUGACGGUGCCGAGGUGAAGGGAAGUUAUGGCCUGAAGUACAAAAGCCUUGUCGAGGCUGUGGCAGCUGUCAUCGAAAACCUCGGCAUGCAGCUUUGUGAGAACACGGCCGUGCCACAGCCUAAAGCCAAGGCACAUAUUCUUCUGCUAUCAGGCGUGUUUGUUGGCGGCGUCAAAGUGCUGGUGAAGUCAAGAAUAUCGCUGGAUGAACAAAGCGGCAGCAUGAUUCUGCAGAUGGCAGUGCGUUCGGAGGCGGAGGAAAUCAGUCAAACCAUCAUGGACUGCAUUAGAUAA